GGUUCAGAAAAAGAUCUUGAUCCAAUGUAUCUCAUCGUGUUUAUUUAUAGGGCCCUGGAGCUCCACCCCUUUUCCCUGAAACCCCUCCUCCGGCGAGCUAUGGCGUAUGAGUCCCUGGAACGUUACAAGAAGGCUUAUGUGGAUUAUAAAACGGUAUUGCAGAUAGAUAUCAGCGUGCAGGCCGCUCUUGACAGCGUGCACAGAAUCACUAAAAUGAUGAUAGAACAGGACGGCCCUGAUUGGCGGGAGAAGCUUCCAGAUAUUCCAAUGGUUCCUCUGUCUGCUCAGCAGCACCGCAGAGAAGAACCGAGUGCAGAGCUUCUGCAGGCCCGAGCAGCCAGAGCAGAGGAGGAAAAGGGUGAGUUUAAAGAUUGUGUAUCAUAGGCAGUAUCUGCCAAUCUCAUAUUAAUCUUGAGUGCCUGUAUAGUAGUAUUGCAUACGUCGUAUCUUCGAAGAGUAUUUAGUUUGAUCAAAUUUAUAAAAGAGAGAUACAGCUGUACGAUUAUUUCCGGAAAAACACGAGCUGCUAGAGGUGGGAGAGAGUGGGAUGGAACUACAGCACAAGCAAGCAACACAUCAUCACAUUAAUCCCUUCGUGUUUUGUACAUUAUGCACGUACACGGCCAUUGCCAACAAAACACAGACAUAUGACUUAGUUUGACUUACCGCUUGCAGUUCAUAUCCGGCAUCUUUUAGCACUGGGACCACGCCAUCUAUCAGUUUCAAACGAUCUACAAAUCCAGCGUUAUAACCACAGUUUAUAUAACAUCCAUCACUGAAAUGCUGUGAAUGAACAGACAAACCUAAACUUCACUAUCGCAAGAGUAACGAGCUGCAGCGCAGCGCAGAGCAUCUUGACGCAGCGCACAUAAUCUUGAUGGUAAGCGGGUCUCGCUCGUUGGUUGGCUCAUGGGCAGGCUAUUUCUUUCGCCUUGCUGCGAUUUUCCAGGAGAAUGGCCAAUGAAAGGAAUCAGAAGAAUUAUAGAAAACUUAGCACGUCAUACGUCCAACUUGUUUUUAACAAGUUAACCAUGUUAAGCAUUGUUUAACAGUGUGAAGAAGGCAGAAUGCAUGAUAUAGCAUGCUACCCGAUCUUUAAGAUACUUUUUGAAUCAUGCUAUGCAGUUACUAGAAUGAGUGGUUGCUGAAAGAGCACCAAGCCUCUAUGAUAUUCUGGUCCCUAGAUAUACAGCCGUGGAAAAAAUGAAGAGAUUCCACAUUUUCAUUUAAUCAGCAUUUCUAGAUGUAUUGUGGCCGUUCCAGUCCAGUGUCUGUGUUGAAUUUUAACAAAAUCAAACCUCAGGAGUGACAUAAAGUCAUCCCACAAUGUGAAAGACUUGACAGCAUGACAAGACAGAUGAAGACUGUGAAAUAAUUGAGGUUAUAACAUAAAAAAACUAAUUUUAACUUUUCCUAAAUGCAUGUACAAAUAUUACUGUUGUGUUGCUUAAAAGUGAACAUGAACUUGUUUUCUUUGCAGUAUUUGAGGUCUGAAAAAAUACAGAACAUAUUUUCUGAUAUUUUGACAUGUUUCUCCAGUUUUCAUUUUCUGCAAAUUAAAGGCGGGGUGUUCGAUUUCUCUUAGCCGUUGUUGAUGUUCACAUCA